AUGGGAGAAUUAAUGGACUCACUUCUUGCUUCCCUUCCAGCGAGAUGGCGAAAUUGGGUAGUUCGCGGCGUUUUCACCAUAAUCAUGGUAUCUCUGUUUUCGUUCAUUGUUAGCAGGGGACCGACGUGGCUCAUGGCUUUGGUGUUUGCUAUACAGUUCAAAUGCUUCCAUGAAAUUAUUAGCAUCGGCCUAGCGGUUUACCGGAUGUAUGAUUUUCCGUGGUUCCGUGCACUUUCUUGGUGA